AUGAACCAAAAGAAUGCUAGGGUGGUGGUGGUCCCAAGAGAUGCCAAACGCUAUCGAGGGAGACCGGCAACAAGAUGGGGUGAUUUGUUUGCUGUACGGUUGGACCAGCUGAGAGCCCAGCUGGAUACGGCUCGAGGCUCAACGUCACUCACAAAACUUGAGAACAUCUCGGAUAACAAUGACGAGGGAACGAAUCAAGUGGAAGAUGCUGGGGCCCGCACGUACAGUGAAGAGGGGUUAUCUAGUUAUCUAAGCACUUCGAAAUUAUCGACACGAUACGAUAGUCUUGUCAGCGGCAGACAUCUGGCGAACAACCGUGUGCAUCCAGCGAACUCCCUAGCUGAUGUCAAAAUGAGCAAGAUGCAGAUCGCGACAGGAGUUUUGUACACGACCGCUGCCACCACGGUUGCAUCCGUUAUCAUUGUGCUCUAUCUUGUCAACGACAUCAAUAAUUUCUACGAUGAAGCAAUAGAAGAGCUUCUGGAUUUCAAGGACCUUGCAAACUCUGCUUGGCAUGAGAUGAGUCCGGCAUUUCAUCACGAUCGAGAAAAGAGAAGAAUCAUCUACGGAUCUAAUCUUUUCCGCGCACGUCGUCAAUGGCCAGCGCAUUGCAACUGUGGACCCGUGUCAGCCCGUUGCCCCGCAGGACCACCAGGACCACCCGGACAGCCUGGACUACCAGGAGAAGCUGGACCGCCGGGUGUCCCAGGCAAAAGGGGUAACGAUGGGAUUGCAAUCAGUUUUGGCGGUGGAGCAGGUGGAUGUAUCAAGUGCCCUCCUGGGCCACCGGGUACUCCCGGGCCAAAUGGUCCUCCGGGACCUCCCGGACCGGACGGAAUGCCGGGAACAAGAGCAGCGGGUGGAGCUCAAGGACCACCAGGACCUCCCGGACCUGCUGGAGACGCUGGACCAGCUGGAGCGCCUGGCAACGCUGGAGCACCAGGCCAACCUGGUACUCCUGGACAACGCAGCAUUGGACUACCAGGACCUCCUGGGCCUCCAGGACCAAUGGGUCCACCGGGACCCCCUGGAGCGCCAGCCGCAGAUGGCGGAUAUCCAUCACCCGGUCCUCCAGGACCUCCUGGGCCUCCUGGUAAUCCUGGGCGGCCGGGUCCAGACGGAAUGCCUGGGCAGCCUGGACAGCCUGGUGGACCUGGAAAGGAUGGCGCUUAUUGCCCUUGCCCUCCACGUACGACCGGAUACAGAUCACGUCAGAAAAAGGCGAGUGAGAAAUUGUCGGCUGCUUAG